AUGGAAUGGGAUUUUAAAUUUCUUGAACUUGUGAGAAACUAUGAUAAUAUACUAGGUAGACCGAAUAUAGAUGCGAUUGUUGAUGAAUGGGAAUCAACAAGUUCAGAUUUCGCUGCAAAAUUUUAUAUUCCUCGCCCAAUGGGUCGAACAACUCUGCUCAAAGAGAUUUUAAACUACAUUGAUGACAGUAUGGACUUUAAAUCUUCAUUACGAUCUGUUAUUCCGGCUUUAUUAAUUGUAUACGAUAAUACUGCCUUUAGUGAAGAUGUUUAUUCCUUAAAAUAUCAAUCAGCCAUGCGAGUCAUACAUAUGUUAUCCACAUUAUCCAUGUCAUGCAUUGAUUUGUUUGUUAUCAAACCUUUUUAUUGCAAAUGCAAAACUUUCCUUGUUGAUUCCUCAACUUAUCUCGAUUUACAAGAUAGAGAGAAACGAAAGACCCUUCCUCAUGUUACCUUUCCCAAUGAACCUUUAUCUGAAUUAAAAUCAAGCUCUCUUUAUAGUAAUGAACAUAGAUAUCAAUGUCAUACGCCACCUGCUAGAACUAAGCGACCCAACUUGGUCCUUCAUCCUCCAACUACAGAAACAAGUUCUCUGAAAUCGCCUUAUUUAUCUCAAAGCGCGCCUUUAUCGCCACUUCGAGAGUUUAGCAGAUCUAUUUCUUCUACAUCGGGCCCAAGAAGCCCAUUAGUUGUUUUUAAAGGUAAUCGUAGUCAUACUCCAUUGAAAGCUGUAAGAAGCUCAUGGAGCAAAGUAUAA